AUGCAGAUCGCCGCGGCUGCCAAGCGCGUGGCUGUGCUGGGCAUCAAAACUGAGAAACAGGCGGGCCAGCCGGCUUACUACGUCCCGCAGUACCUGCACGGCGCCGGCGUCGAGGUCGUGCCGGUGCCAGUGUUCUAUCCGGAAGUCACGGAGAUCCUGGGCCGACAGGUGUUCAGAAGACUGGCAGACAUCCCCGGGCCGCCUGUCGACAUCGUGGAUGUCUUCAGGAAGCCCUCAGACCUGCCGCCCCACCUGGAGGACAUCCUAGCCGCGAAGCCAAAGACCGUCUGGCUGCAGUCGGGGAUCACACACCCGGAGUUCGAGGCGGCGCUGGCCGCGGCGGGCAUCCAGGUGGUGGCUGACAGGUGUCUGCUAGUUGAGCACCAGGCAGCCGUCAGGGAGGGCCGCCUGUGA